AUGACGAAAGUCCCUGCACCCAGCAAAUUGGCCAUCUUCGAUGUCGAAGAUGUCCUCAGCAAGCUUACCCUUCAUGAGAAAGCCGAACUUCUUUCAGGGAUUGACUUCUGGCACACCCAAAGCGUGCCCCGUCUUGGGGUUCCGUCCAUCAGGCUCUCGGAUGGGCUUAAUGGGGUUCGCGGAACCAGGUUCUUUAAUGGUAUCGCAGCCGCGUGUUUUCCUUGCGGCACGGGCCUUGCAGCAACAUGGGACACGGCUUUGCUUGAGCAAGCCGGAAACCUCAUGGGCUUAGAAGCCAGGGCGAAGGGAGUCCACGUCCUACUUGGACCUACAGUGAAUAUGCAACGCAGUCCUUUGGGAGGCAGAGGGUUUGAGUCGUUUUCCGAAGACCCUGUCUUGGCCGGCCUGUGUGCAUCUUCUGUGGUCCUCGGCAUCCAAAGUACUGGAGUGCAGGCUGCCAUAAAGCACUUUGUGGCCAACGACCAGGAGCAUGAGCGAAUGGCAGUGAGCUCGGUUGUCACAGAUCGCGCUCUUCGUGAAAUCUACUUAAUGCCUUUCCAGAUUGCAGUCCGUGAUGCACACCCUGCGUCUGUUAUGACUUCUUACAACAAGGUCAACGGGACCCAUGUGAGCGAGGAUGAAAACCUUCUGCAAAAUGUUUUGCGAGACGAGUGGAAAUGGGAGGGCCUUGUCAUGAGCGACUGGUACGGGACAUACUCUACGGUCGAGGCGUUGGAGGCUGGACCUGACUUGGAAAUGCCGGGUCCCAGCCGCUGGCGGGGUCAAUUGGUCAACCACGCUGUUUCCUCCAAGAAGUUGCUCCCUGAUACCAUCGAUCAGAGAGUCCGGGCAGUUUUGAAGUCUGUCCAACGAGCUGUGGCGACGGGCAUUCCAGAGCAUGCAGAAGAGGAGAGUCGAGACUUGCCAGAGACUGCGGCUCUAUUGCGUCAAAUUGCCGGAGACUCGGUCGUUCUGCUAAAGAAUGAGAAGAAAACACUGCCUUUCCAGAAAACAAAGACUGUUCUCAUAAUUGGGCCAAAUGCAAAAGUUGCGACCUACUGCGGAGGAGGGUCUGCGACCCUGCGCCCUUACUAUGCCGUCACGCCGUUUGAAGCCAUCUCUAAAAAGUCUCAGGAUGUGAUCUACUCACCAGGCUGUCACGCACACAAGAUGCUGCCCAUACUCGGCCCUAGACUGAAGUCGGAGGGUGGUCAAGUUGGAGUCACGUUCAACGCUUUCGACAAGCCAGAGAGCGAUACUAAACGGAAGCCGGUUGACACGAUACAUCUGGUCGACACAAACAUGUACUUCGCCGACUACUACCACCCGGCCUUAACAGAGGACCUUUGGUGGGGCGAGAUUGAGGCCUCGUACACCGCUGACGAUACAGGUCCAUUCGAGUUUGGCCUCUGCGUCCACGGCACCGCAAGGUUAUACGUUAAUGGGGAGCUGCUCAUCGACAAUGAGACCGUUCAGAGAGGCGGCGGGAGUUUUUUUAAUGUUGGUACCGUCGAGGAAACCGGCAUCUUGCAUGUGGUGGCAGGACAAACCUACAAAAUCAAAGUCAUCUUCGCGAGCGGCGCAGCGUCCAAGGUCAAAGAUGCCGAGGGCGUGGUCUCAUUCGGUGGUGGGGGUGUCCGCAUUGGCGGCGCCGAGGUUCUAGACGCCGACGAGGAAAUCGACCGCGCCGCGGAGUUGGCCAAGUCGGUGGAUCAAGUUGUUGUGUGCGUUGGGCUGAAUGCGGACUUUGAGCAGGAAGGCCAUGAUCGCCAGCACAUGAGUCUCCCCGGACGAACGGACGAGUUGAUCUCUGCCGUGGCUGCGGCCAACCCCUCAACCACAGUUGUCGUUCAGUCCGGCACACCAGUCGCCAUGCCUUGGGCUGCAUCAGUCUCCGCCAUCAUUCAGGCCUGGUACGGCGGGAGCGAAACUGGCAAUGCCAUUGCUGACGUCUUGUUUGGCGACACCAACCCCUCCGGCAAGCUUCCUCUGUCCUUCCCCAUUCGGGUGGAGGAUAAUCCGGCAUUUCUCAACUAUCGAUCGGACAAUGGUCGUGUACUGUACGGCGAAGAUGUGUUUGUCGGGUAUCGCUACUACGAGGCUGUCAAGAGAGCGGUUCUCUAUCCCUUCGGUUGGGGAUUGUCGUACACAUCUUUCGUGAUCAGUGGGCUCCAUGUACUACACGAGUUCGUGGAUGGAGAUGAGAAUCUCUUAGUCCGUGGAGUCGUGAGCAACGAGGGAGAGGUUCUUGGCUCCGAAGUGAUUCAAGUCUACGUUUCACCUCGCAAUCCAUCGGUCAGUCGCCCAAGUAAAGAGUUGAAGGGAUUCACCAAGGUUCGCGUCUCAGCUGGUGCGUCUGCCUCAGUUCAAGUUUUGGUCUCAAAGAAGUACGCCCUAAGUUUCUGGGAUGAGCCACGAAGGAAAUGGGUGAUGGAGGCUGGAAACUAUGACAUCUUCGUUGGACCAAACAGUGUCGAAACACACUUGGCGGCGACAAUCAGCGUUGAAAAGACCAUAUGGUGGUCGGGCUUGUAG